ACUUGAAUGCUUGCAGAAAUCAAGAUCUGAAAAUGGUACACCUAGAACACCUGGAGCUCCCAGAUCUCCAAGGAUCUCUAGAUCUCCUAGACCUGUCACCAAAUCUGCUAAACCACAGAACAUUAAAUCUUUAAUGCCUCCAAAGCCAUUGCUUAGGGCUAAGUCCUCAGAUACUCUAAGGACAACGCCACCAAAAGAAGUUCGAAGCAUAUUUGGGAUAAUAUCCGACUUGAAGGAUAAAGAAAGAGAAGAGACCAGAGACCCAUCCCAGCCACCAUCUAUGGCAGAUCUGAUAAGAAAAGUAGUCAAGAAAGAAAAGAAAAAUAAUGAGCCUCCCCCACCGACUGCUGAUGAGAUUGCCCGAGCAUACUGCAGAAAAAUUCUGACUCUUUCUCAAAAAGGAGAAUGGGAGGUGGCAAGUGAAACAUUGAAGAAUUUAGAAAUGAUGAUCACAAAGCAAGAAGUUGAUAGAAAACUAGUUUCCGGUUCAGUGGACCCGCUGACAGGAAAUACUCCAAUUAUGUUCGCAGCAAUAGAAAACAAGAUAUCCUUUAUGGAGCGCCUUGUGGCGGUUGGGUUUAAUAUUAAUAAACGUAACAAGGAAAAUUAUACUGCACUUCACUUUG